GCCGUCCGUAAGGCUCUGGUGAAAAAUAGUUGGGAUGGACGCAGCGGCUCUCAGCAUCUGGACCGAACCAUGAAGGUUUCGCCUAAUUCAACGGGUUUAAUCGAAAAAUAAAGAGGGGGGAAAGCGGCACUCAUCAUGUACGGGUUCGUGAAUCACGCCCUGGAGCUGCUGGUUUUACGGAAUUACGGCCCAGAAGUGUGGGAGGACAUCAAGAGGGAGGCUCAGCUCGACAUCGAGGGUCAGUUCCUCGUCAGGAUCAUAUACGAAGAUGCUAAAACGUACGAUCUUGUCGCGGCCGCAAGCAAAGUUCUGAAGGUCGACGCAGGAGAGAUCUUGCAGAUGUUUGGGAAGAUGUUCUUUGAGUUCUGCCAGGAGUCGGGCUAUGACACCAUACUGCGUGUGCUGGGCUCAAACGUUCGGGAGUUCCUGCAGAACCUGGACGCCCUGCACGACCACCUGGGCACCAUUUACCCCGGGAUGAGGGCCCCGUCGUUCCGCUGCACCGACGCGGAGAAGGGCAACAACCUGAUCCUUCACUACUACUCGGAGAGAGAGGGCUUGCAGGAUAUUGUGAUUGGCAUCAUUAAAACAGUCGCUCAACAAAUCCACGGCACAGAGAUAGAGAUGAAGGUGAUCCAACCGAAGAGCGAGGAGUGUGACCACAUCAAGUUUCUGAUUGAGGAGAAGGACUCGGAGGAGGAGGCGUUCUACGAAGAUCUGGACGGCUUUGAGGAGAACGGCACACAGGAGACCCGCAUCAGCCCGUACACGUUCUGCAAGGCCUUCCCAUUUCACCUCAUGUUUGAUAAAGACCUGAUGCUGACACAGUGCGGGAACGCCAUCUACCGGGUCCUGCCUCAGCUCCAGCCUGGUGCCUGCAUCCUCCCGUCUGUUUUUUCUUUGGUCCGUCCUCACAUCGACUUCAGCUUUCAUGGCAUCCUUUCCCACAUCAACACCGUCUUUGUUCUGCGGAGCAAGGAGGGCCUGCUGAAUGUGGAGACCGUGGAGAAUGAGGAUGAGCUGACAGGGGUGGAGAUCAGCUGCCUCAGACUGAAAGGCCAGAUGAUUUAUUUGCCAGAGGCGGAGAACAUCCUUUUCCUUUGCUCGCCCAGUGUCAUGAACCUGGAUGAUCUAACGAGGAGAGGGCUCUACCUCAGCGACAUCCCCCUGCAUGACGCCACGCGCGACCUGGUGCUGCUGGGCGAACAGUUUCGUGAGGAGUACAAGCUAACCCAGGAGCUGGAGAUUCUGACGGAUCGUCUCCAGCACACACUGCGGGCCCUGGAAGACGAGAAGAAGAAGACGGACAGGCUGCUCUACUCCGUUCUGCCGCCGUCGGUCGCCAACGAGCUGCGCCACAAGCGGCCCGUCCCGGCCAAGCGUUACGACAACGUCACCAUCCUGUUCAGCGGCAUCGUGGGAUUCAACGCCUUCUGCAGCAAGCACGCCUCGGCCGAGGGCGCCAUCAAGAUAGUCAACCUGCUCAACGAUGUUUACACGCGCUUCGACAUCCUGACGGACUCUCGGAAGAACCCUUAUGUAUACAAGGUGGAAACAGUCGGCGACAAGUACAUGACAGUGAGCGGGCUGCCGGAGCCUUGCACUCACCACGCCAAGUCCAUCUGUCACCUCGCCCUGGAUAUGCUGGAGAUUGCGGGACAAGUCAAAGUGGACGACGAGCCAGUACAGAUCACCAUCGGCAUCCACACCGGGGAGGUGGUGACAGGCGUGAUUGGCCAGCGGAUGCCCAGAUAUUGCCUCUUUGGGAAUACGGUCAACCUCACAAGUCGGACUGAGACGACGGGCGAAAAGGGAAAAAUUAACGUCUCGGAGUACACCUACAGGUGUUUGCAGUCCGCUGAGAACGCCGACCCUCAGUUUCAUCUGGAGUACCGCGGCCCCAUCACCAUGAAAGGGAAGAAGGAGCCCAUGAAGGUGUGGUUUCUUUCUAGGAAGGCCAACGACAGCGAGUCCGGUGCAUUUAAACCGUAAACAUAGAAACACUGGGAGGACUUGGGCCGGUUAAGGUCUGUUGUGCUUCAAAAGCUGCGAUGAACCAGACUGACGGUGAAACUGACAGUAUAGAUCCGGAACGUACAGAUGCUUUUAAUUUGUUGCAGAAAGUGUUUUUUAAAAACUUGAUUUGCACUGACCCUCCCCUGUUCUCCACACGUGAUCCAUUACAACCACACUAUGGGUUUUAGAUUUGUGCAGUGUUUUUAUAUCACAUAGCUGGGUAAAUUCAUUGUAUUUUUACAAUCAAGUAUUGUAGACAAAAACUGCGUAAGACAUUUAAAAUCAGCAACAUGAGUUAAGGGUGCCAAGUGUUCGUGGUGUGCUCAUACCACCAUAAAAUGAUAAAAGUACGCUUUACAUUUGUUUCCUAAUGUUUGAUGCUGAUGCACAUUAAGCGACGACAACAGUAAUUCAAUUUAAUCUUGUUGGAGGUUCUGUGUUUCUGUCACUGUUUUUUAGUCAUCUUUUAAUGAAAAACUGACAAUAAAGGAUAAAAGUUUGUUAAAGUCAUGAAUGAAAAAGUGCAGUAUUAUGUAUCUCACACAGAACUAUUUAAAUGGCAUCAUCAAUCAUAACUAUGAACACUAGUUUUCUAUAUUUAUUCCACCCGCCUUUUAUUAUUCCCCGUUUUAUGUUUGCCGCUGCACAAUAACACAGAUAAACAGAAUUUCAAGCUCUGCAGUAUCCUAUAGAGAUUGUCUUAUAUAUUUAUGGUUUGUUUAAUUUACCUUGUAUUUAUUCUUUUAGGAAAAAUAAAAACUAACUUGAUAUAUAGUGAUCACUUUAAAGACAGAAAAUAAAAUUUACUUUCACUGAA